AUGCAUUCAGGCUUCCAGGCUUCCAUCAAAGAGCUCUCCGCCUUCGUCGCCUACGAAGCCGACGCGGCGAGGCUUGAUGGCGCCACCCCAGAGGCCUUUCGCGCCGCCUGGGGCCGGCUACCUCCCGAAGGCCAGGCAGCUUGGGUACCGCGUCAGCCACGUCGAAAACUCGCCAUGGGCAAGAAGUGGGCGCUCCUGUUGUCCCGCAGCACCGCCGACCAGCAUGAAGCCUGGGAGGCCCUCGACAUCCUGUUCAGCGUCCGGAGGCCAUGGCAAGUCUGCGCCGACGCCCUCGAGGAGCAGCCCGGGACCUCCAGCGAGAUCGAGAGCGACAGCGAGGCCGAGCCAGAGGCCCUGCAUUCGGGAACGCUGGCGGGCCGGGCGCAGCGCCCUCUGAGGCCCACCCGAGGCGGCACGCUCCCUUUCAGAAAAAGGUGCGUUUUCUGGACAACCUCUGAGGCACUGAAGCACCCCCCACCUCCUUCACUUUCCUCGCCUUUCCUAGCUCACCGCAGCCCCCGAGGCGGCCGCGCCUGUUCGCAUGGGCUCUGGGUAUAG